GCUACCUACCUUAUUGUCAGCCUCAUGUUGUUCAGUUUCCUGGCAGCGCCAUCCUUCAGGGACCUCACCAGCAGGACCACGCGCUCGUUACUCAUGGAAUCAUUCUGGUACAUGCUCGGAGCCAUAUUUCAUAAAGGCGGUUCCAACCUCCCUGUGUCUGUGUCCGCGCGUAUCCUGGUUGCCGCGUGGUGGCUGUUCACCAUCAUCCUGGCGUCAGUGUACAGCGCCAACCUCAUAGCCGUGUUCGCUGUGCCCAAGACGGCGAAGCCGUUCACGUCCCUGAAGGAGCUGCUGCAGAAUACGGACUACAAAUGGGGCCUCAUCGGCGGCGGAUCCACAGAACAGUUCAUCUCGACUUCCACGGACCCUGAUAUCCAGGCCUUCUGGCAGAACAUCGUGAAGUUCAACGAGACGGACAGCUCAGUCCUGACCGGCGACACGUACCAGCAUUUUGAGAAGGUGCUGAAGGGGCGGUACGCGGUGCUGUACGGACACGAGCGGAUGAGUAAGGAGGUGGCCUGUAAUGUAGAAUAUCUGGGAGAGAAACUCACCGUCUACUCUAAAGGGCUCGCUUUACCAGAAGGAUCCCCACUGAAGGAAGACCUGGACGAAAUAAUGUUGAAUCUCCAGGAGAAUGGAAUACUGCGGAUGCUGGAUAAAAAGUGGUUACUUAACGAAUGGCAAUGUGAAGGUGACGCUCGGACGAACGUCACAGUGACCUUGACCGACAUACAGAGCAUAUUCUACGUCCUGUUCAUUGGCCUAGGUGGCGCUCUUCUGUCGCUGAUUCUGGAGUGUCUUGCUCGACGUGCCCGGAUGUUGUUGUGCUCGAAAACUUUGAAUUCAAAAUCAAAUAUAGAAAUCUGAAUAUGUAGUGUGAAUAAAACCGUCCU